AUGGCUUCUCCUGCCCAGGAAAUUUAUUUGCAGUUAGCUAUGACCAUUCUAGCGUACGCAGGAAAAGACUUGAGCCAUUGGUUUAAAAACGGGGAAUGGGUUCAUUACAUCCAUCCGAUAACGGGCUCCGAAGUGACGUAUCGUAUACAUGGUCACAGUUCCCGUCAGCCCGUAGUCCCUUCCACCAGAUGGCGGCCUUUGGAAGAACCGUGGUGGGAUGGAGACAAAUAUGUCGUGGGUAAAGCUACAGCCAGAACCAGACCUAUUAGGAUAACGAAUACGCUUACAGGUUCAACAGUAACACUUGACGUAUGUAGUGAAGAAACUAUUUAUGAGAUCAUGAUGAGAUAUUUGCCGCACAACAGUCAUUUAAUGUCAUACACGUGGCGGUACAUGGGCAGAGGACUGUGUCUUAACAAAACCUUAGAAGAAAACGGGAUACCCGAUGAAAGGGAUAGAUUUAGCGACGUAUCCCUAGCAGAGAAUAUACACAUACCCGCCAUUUUGAUUUAUUAUAACGAUGACUUGACUGAAGUUACCCUACGAUGCGAUGGAGCAAUCCUCCUCCUCACGCCCCAGCAGCCGCAACUGGCGACACUACGGGCGUCGGGGAUCAAGGGACGAUCUCCGGCCACCGUAAGCACGGGCCUCAGGUCGGCGAGUAAGGGCAGCUCGCCUCCCGACCAGAACCGGGCCCGAGCGUACGGCGCGUAG